AUGAUAUACUAUGGUCGGGACGAUAGCCAGCACUGGCGGGACAGGAAUGUCACACCCGGUAAAAUGCCGUCAAUGUUAUGGUUAUGGAAGAAACGACUUCCCGAAGAUGUUCACAGGGAGUUGAUCCAGAAAUAUGGCAAACUAUACGGAGUCCGCAUGUUUGGUAAGACAACCAUUAUCUGCAACCGACCCGAUAUUAUAAGUCAAGUACUUAGCAAAGAGUUUACCAGUUUUAUUAAUAGACGGAAAUUGACAACUGGCGACGCUAUAGCGGACAAUAUGUUGCAAAUAACGACAGAUGACAAGUGGAAACGCCUGCGGGCUAUAGUGUCGCCCACUUUUUCGACCGGAAAGUUACGGAAAAUGCGGCCUUUGAUUGACGACUGUUUGCAAACAUUAGUUACAAAUAUCGGCAAAAUGUCGACAAAUAGUGAUCACUCGGUGGACAUGAAGACAGUUUACGGCGCGUAUACUAUGGAAGUGAUAAUACAAGUGGCGUUUGGGACAAAAGUGGACGCACUUAUCGACGACAAGAACCCCAUUAUAUUAAAUGCCAAGAAACUAAUGUCACAAGACUUUAAGAUAUGGCAAUUAAUUCAUGUUUUAAUUAUCUUUAUGUUCCCAAAAGUUGCCAAAUUCUUUGGCAUGACUUUUAUGCCAAAAGAUAUCACCGGUUUCUUUACGGAUCUAAUUAAUAAGAUAAUCGCUGAGCGCCGCACCGGUAAGGCAUUAGACGGCGGUAAAAGAUAUGACUUUUUGCAACUAUUAUUGGACGCAAACGAAAGAAAUAGUGAGGAAACUCACAAACAGGAAACCACUACUGAAUCGGAUGUGUUAUCUGAAGAGCAGACAACUCCUUUGCAACUAAAUACCAAAAGUAUGUCAGACGCAGAGAUGAUCUCUCAAUGUGUGCUGUUUUUCAUCGCUGGUUAUGAGACAACUGCCACCACUAUAUCGUACGCCAUAUACCUGUUGUCCGAAAACCCGGAAUCGCAGCAAAAACUAUUUGAAGAGUCAAAGAGUAUUUUUGAGACUAAA